AUGUUAAAGCGAAGCAAGGCUCGAUCCGGCGCGAAAGCGCUCACCAAUCGUCCUAGUAAAAAGUCCGUUAAGUCGCGCAGCCUGUCCUCGUCGGCCUCGCACCUCGGCAGCCACGUCGGGUCGAAGCGCGUGUCCUCGAGAGUCUCGCCGGCCGAGGAACGCGGAUUGCCCGCGGCGGCCGAGCAGCCGAGAAAUAUGGCGACGACGCCGGAGCACGUGGCGGCGCAUUUCGGUAAUUUCUACGGUCUUUGGGGCAAUGCAAAGAAGAAGACGCCCUGCGAGAGUCGGCGGGGCAACGUCCUCGGGGCGGAAGAGACGGCGGCGACCGGCGGGAGGCGUCGAUCGGAAUUCACCAGGCGGAUGGUGCACAGGCUGCAGCGAGCGAGUGACACGGGAAAUUACGCGCGACAAGUGUCGACCUUGCUGAAAGAGACGGUGGAGCCGCCAAACUUCAGGCUAAGCCCAUUUCUGUCUGAAAACUCAAUUCCCAAUGGGAGCCGAGGGAUCUCGGAUUACCCACUCUGGUACAAGAAGCCUCAUGAGAUACCGUUAGUGUUCUCGAAUCCUAUCGCUCAGGCUGAUGCAUGACCCUCGAGACGAGGCGCAUUAACGGGAGCCGAAUGGCUUGCCACAGCGCGGCGAUGCGACAAACGAUCGCGAUCAAAUGAGCGCAAGCAUAAGCAACGAGGGUACUUUACCGAUCGAUGCGUCAUCGAUGCCGCUUCACCGCUCCCCCUCAGCGCACGGCCCCUCGCGAUGCUUUCGGCCGACGUUUAUCCGCACAUACUUCCACACCCUCGAACAUCUCCUUUGCUGAAACUUGAGUAAAUAAUGU